AAUUUUUUUAAGCCAAGACAGCUGAGAACGUGAACAGCCAGUCACCCCCAGUUCCGGGAGUCCCCACAAAUACAGGGAAAGAUUCCAGAACAAUGUCAAUGUUAGUAGAGUGUGUACCCAAUUUUUCUGAAGGCAACAACCAAGAGGUGAUCAAUGGGAUUGCCAAGGCCAUCUCCCAGACGGAGGGCUGCAAGCUCCUGGAUGUGGAUGCCGGGCCUUCCACCAAUCGGACCGUUUACACCUUCGUGGGGAGUCCUGCAGCGAUUGUUGAGGGUGCACUGAAUGCGGCCAGGACAGCUUUCCAGCUCAUCAACAUGGAGAACCACAAAGGGGAACAUCCCCGGAUGGGAGCCCUGGAUGUGUGCCCCUUCAUCCCAGUGAGAAAUGUCACCAUGGCGGACUGUGUUCAUUGUGCCAAUCUCUUUGGCAAGCGUUUGGCAGACGAACUCCAUGUGCCUGUGUAUCUGUACGGUGAAGCUGCUCUGAAGGAGAGCAGAAGGUCUCUGCCAGCCGUCCGAGCAGGAGAAUAUGAAGCCCUCCCCAAGAAACUCAGAGAAGCAGAAUGGACUCCUGACUUUGGCCCUGCACACUUUGUUCCAAGAUGGGGAGCAACAGCAACAGGGGCUCGAAAAUUCCUUAUAGCGUACAACGUCAAUCUGCUGUGCACGAAGGAGUUGGCACACCGGAUAGCCCUGAACAUCCGGGAGCAGGGCCGUGGGAAGGACCAGCCGGGGCGACUGAGGCAGGUGCAAGGCAUUGGCUGGUACUUGGAAGAGGAAAACAUUGCUCAAGUCUCCACCAAUCUGUUGGAUUUUGAAACCACCCCUCUCCACGCUGUCUACGAAGAAGUCUGCAAAGACGCUCGGGAUCUCAACCUGCCUGUGGUGGGAUCUCAACUUGUGGGCCUUGUCCCCAAAAAGGCCAUAUUGGAUGCAGCAGAAUUUUAUAUAAGCAAAAAUAAUCUCUUCAUUCUUGAGGAAGAUCACAAAAUUAGACUGGUCAUCAGCCGCCUGGGGCUGGAUUCUUUGGGUCCAUUCAAUCCCAAGGAGCGCAUCAUUGAGGAGAUGGUACAGGAUGAGAAGGAGAGUGGCUGCCUGGUCUCUCUGCCUUUUCGCACCUUGGUGCAGAAAGUUGGGUCCCGCUCAGCUGCUCCUGGUGGAGGAUCUGUCUCAGCAGCCAUGUCUUCUUUGGGGGCAGCACUGGGCUGCAUGGUGGGACUGAUGACCUAUGGAAAGCGGCAAUUUGAAGAACUGGACCCAGUGAUGAGGCAGUUAAUACCUCCCUUUCAUCAGGCCAUGAAUGAGUUGGUGGCCAUGGUGGACGAAGACGCCUUGGCUUUCAGCAGCUACAUGGAUGCCAUGAAACUUCCUAAGAGCACACCUGAGGAGAAAGAAAGGCGCACAACAGCCAUGCAACUGGGCCUGAAAAAGGCAGUUGGUGUUCCCUUCUCACUGGCAGAAAAAGUGAAUUCCUUGUGGCCUUUCCUAAAAGAAAUGGCUCGUCAUGGCAACUUAGCCUGCAAAUCAGACAUUCAGGUGGCCACAAAAGCUCUAGAAGCUGGUGUGUUUGGGGCCUCUUUCAACAUCAUCACCAACCUGAAAGAUAUAACAGACGAAGCCUUCAAGCAGCAGGUGCAAAUGGAAGUCUCCCAUUUUGUGGAGGAGGCCAAGCAAAGUGCCGCAUGUGUCCUGCAGCUGCUGGAGGAACGAACGACAUGAAAGGAGAGUUGCACCUUGCUCCUUAACGGUGCAAAGGAGACCGCCCCUCCCUGUUUGCAGUGCUGUUGUGUUGUAUGCCCUUUGCUGAGUCCUGGGCCAUCACUCUCCAUCCUGCAAGAAAUCAGCUACGAAUACAGAUUUUGCUGCCCUGCAUUCCUAGCCUUAUCUAUUGCUUCACUCACAGGAUCUGAAGCAUGGAUUCUGUUGGUCGCUAUCAUGUUUGAGAGCCACAUAAUGUUUGAUCAGGACCAACAAAAAUGACCCAAAACAGCAGGUUUUUGAGUUCUUUUGUUACAAAAAAUAAGGGAGGGGGGCUAAAUGAUUAGAAGACAUUGCCCUACUUUAUUUUUGUAAGAUCCAUCCUAAUAAAGAACUCUGGACAACUCAAA